AUGGGCGUGGAGCUGUACAUGGACUUGCUGUCGGCGCCCUGCCGCGCCGUCUACAUCUUCGCCAGGAAGAAUGGCAUCCCUUUUGACUUUCAGUUUGUGGACCUGUUGAAAGGUCACCACCACAGCAAAGAAUACAUCGAGAUCAAUCCCCUGAGGAAGCUGCCCAGCCUCAAAGAUGGAAAAUUCAUCUUAUCUGAAAGCGUGGCCAUUCUCUUCUACCUGUGCCGCAAGUACAGCGCGCCUUCACACUGGUACCCGCCGGACCUGCACACACGUGCCCGGGUCGAUGAGUUCCUGGCCUGGCAGCACUCGGCUAUCCAGCUACCCAUGAACAAGCUACUGUGGAUCAAGUUGUUAAUCCCCAUGAUCACAGGGGAGGAGGUUCCUGAAGAGCAGACAAACUACAUCGUGGAGGAGGUGGAGAAAAACCUGAAGCAUUUCGAGGAGAAGUUUCUGCAGGACAAGCUCUUCAUUACUGGGGACCACAUCUCCCUGGCUGACUUGGUGGCCCUGGUGGAGAUGAUGCAGCCCAUGGGUGGGAAUUACAACGUCUUCCUCGGGAGCUCCAAGCUGGCUGAAUGGCGCAUGCGGGUGGAGCUGAACAUCGGCUCUGCCCUCUUCUGGGAGGCCCAUGACCGGCUGGUGAAGCUGGCAGAAUGGGACUGCUCGACGUUGAGCCCGUCCGUCAAGGAGAGGAUCAGUGACUUUCUGCAGAAGUUGAAGUGA